AUGGUUCUAGCUGCACUGUCACCAAGCAUCACAACCGCAGUAGUAGACAUAUGGAACCGAAGGUCGCCCGCCUGGUCCAGGUCUGCAGCUUCUGCCGGUAUCCAGUAUGAUGGCGAGGAUGACGACAGACUCAAAACCGCUCUGGUCGUUCAUCUUGGGCAAGUGCGGAGCUUUCCAGGCUCCUCUCUCGGAAAGACUGCAAAUAGAGAUGGAUACUCGAGGAAGGAUCUGGACGACCAACUGCCCAAAACGAUCCAGAACAUGACAGCAGCACAUCCGGUUGAGGAGCAGUUCAUCUCCUGCCCGACUACCCUGACUUCCGACAUCGACGUUGAAGCAUUGAAGCUGUCACAGAUGAUAUCAAACAGCCCAUACCUAACACCCUCAUCCGGGCUUCGACGGAACCCGGUCGCUUCUCCUGCGAAUACCUACUCUAUUCGUCCUUGGCUGAGCUAUGGAGGCGAAAAUUGGAAAGGAGAGUGA